AUGGAGAACCGAUCAUCGGCGGAGAAUGACGGCGGCGUCGGAGACGUGAAGUACCGGGGGGUGCGCCACCGUCCGUGGGGGAAAUUCGCUGCGGAGAUACGCGACUCGGCGAGGAACGGGCAGAGGAUAUGGCUGGGGACAUUCGACACGGCGGAGGAGGCGGCCAGGGCUUACGACCGAGCCGCCUACGCGAUGAGAGGCCACAUUGCCGUCCUCAACUUCCCUCACGAGUACCCAAUGGGCCGGGGCCCAUCCGCUGCCUCGGCCCGCCGCGGUUCAUCUUCUUCUUCUUCUUCUUCGGCUCAUCAGGUGGUGGAGUUCGAGUACUUGGACGACAGGUUGCUGGAGGAGAUGCUGGAGCAAGAAGAGAACAGGAGGAGGAGCCACCGUUUUGAUGAUUAA